CUUGCUGCCGGACAGAGCCACAGGCGGACAGAUGGACUGUGGGGUGCAUAUGGAAACUACAAUGUCCAGACGGGUCCUCUCUCCAACCCACAUCAAUGCUACAGCUUCUGAAACAUUCACAGUACUUCAGCAAAGGAUGAGAAUAGUUGAGGAACAGACCAGUUCUCUGAGGGAUGACCUAGUAAUGCUGGACUUUGGUGAAAAAAGAGGCCAACUUGAAACGCCAGAGUGUUUAGAAGCAUCUGUGAAUCAGAACAUCGUUAGUCCUAUCCAGAAUGAAGUACUUUGUUCAGGAAGGACAGAUAUUUUAUGGAAGAACUGUGAGUUUCUGGUAAAUCGAAUGUGCCAUCUGGAAAGCCUCAUCCAGUCCUUGAAGAUGAACAUCUUUCGUCUGCAAACUGAAAAGGAUUUGAAUCCACAGAAAACAGCUUUUCUGAAGGAUCGAUUAAAUACAAUACAGGAGGAGCAUUCCAAGGACCUGAAGCUGUUGCAUCUCGAAGUGACGAAUUUGCGCCAGCAGCUAAGAGACGUAAAAGAGGAAGAAGACAAGGCACAAGACGAAGUGCAGAGGUUGACUGCCACGCUGGAGAUUGCCUCAGAGACAAAGAAGACUGCAGCCAUCAUUGAAGAGGAACUGAAGACCACAAAACGUAAAAUGAACCUUAGAAUUCAGGAGCUAAGGAGACAGCUGUCUCAGGAGAAGCACCUAAGGGAAUGUCUUGAGAAAUCUGGAUCAGCCAUGCUACUCAAAAUACAGGAAAUGGGAUCAACAGUGGAGGUGGAACGGAAACAGGUUCAAAUUUUGCAGCAAAACUGUAUUGGCCUACGCAAUUCUAUACAGACUACCCAAGAACUGCUGGCACAGGAGCAACGAAGAAAAGGAGAGCUGGAGACUGCUACCUCGCAGCUCAAGUCUGAUCUAAUUUCUAGAGAUGACCUCAUUUCCAAGUUGGUUGAAGAAAAUAAGAAUGUGAGGAUGUCUUUCAAUAAGGAACACGAAGAAAAUGCAUAUUUGAGGUCUGAAAUAGUAUCCCUUCGUGAAGCAUCAGAAAAAGCACAGGUUUUGAAUGACCAUCUGACUAGAAAGUGUUCAGAGCUGAACAGCAUGCUGCAGACUGCUAGUACGGAAAAUGCCAGAAUCAUUGCUGACCAUCAAGCCCUUCUGCAGGUAGAGCAGAAAAUGAUGACACAGACGUUUCAAGAACAGAACUUACUGCUGGAUGCAGCCCACGCCAGUAUCACAAGUGAGCUUCAGACUGUUCAGAAUGAGAAAACCCAGCUCCAAGCACAUCUGGACCAUUUAAUCCUUGAACACAACCAAUGUAUCCAGAAAGCACAGGAUGCUGAGAAGAGGACAGCUACGCAAAAAGAGCUGCUAGAAUCAACUAUUGCAAGAUUGCGAGGAGAAUUGGAAGCAUCCGUGCAAGAGAAGUCAUCUCUGCUAGAGGAGAAAGAAAGACUUCAGAGAGAGAUUCAUAAAACAGACAAAGAAACAGCACAAGAAAAAUGCAGUUUGGAAAAGGAAUUAGCCCAAAACAAGGUACACAUAAAUGCAUUAACUCACAACCUGCAAACUCUGGAGCAAAAGAAUAAGCACCUGGCAGAUCAAAUGGCUUCCCUUGAACUUCAAGUCUCUUCUGAUUACCAUGGGCUUGCCCAACAGCAGGUGGAAAAGGUCUUGGGGAAAAUUACUGAAAGUAAAAAUAAACUGGCCUAUGAAAAGGGAAAACUCCAGAUAAAAGUUAAACAGCUAGAAGAACAGCUACGUUCUUUUACUGAAACCAGUUCACAGAAUGACCAUCUGCGCAAGUUGAACAAGGCUCUAGAGGGCAAAUAUGCUCAGGGAAACUCAGAACUCAGUCCCCAAAAGAUACACCUGCAACAGACAGCUCACUCGAAGGAGAUAGUAUCCAUUCUUGACAAGAACGAAGAGGAGCUCUCUCGAGCGGUGAAGUGCCGUGAUGCAGCCCUGAAGGAGAGUCAGAAGCUGAAGGGGGACCUGGAGGCCGUGGAGGACAGAGAGAGCAAGAAGGUGGGAAACUUUCAGCGACAACUGGCAGAGGCUAAAGAAGACAACUGCAAAGUUACAAUUAUGUUGGAGAAUGUGCUGGCUUCUCAUAGUAAGAUGCAAGGUGCUCUGGAAAAAGUACAAAUAGAGCUUGGGCGGAGGGAUUCAGAGAUUGCAGGCCUCAAGAAAGAAAGGGCUCUAAAUCAACAAAGGGUGCAGAAGCUGGAAGCAGAAGUGGACCAGUGGCAGGCCAGAAUGCUUGUUGUGGAUGCCCAGCACAACAAUGAGAUGGAGCCUGUACAAAAAGCCCUGGAUGUAGCUAGAGAAGACAACAGGAAACUGGCCAUGAGCCUGGAGCAAGCUCUCCAGGCAAAUAAUCAUCUGCAAACAAAGCUUGAUCAGGUUCAAGAGAAACUGGAAAACAAAGAACUUGAGCGACAGAACUUGGAAACCUUCAGAGAACGGAUGACCGAGGAAUCCAAAAUGGAAGCAGAAUUACAUGCUGAACGCAUAGAAGCUCUAAGAAAGCAAUUCCAAACUGAGAGAGAAACUGCAAAGAAAGCAGCACAACGGGAAAUGACUGAGCUGAAGAAAGCCCUUGAUGAAGCCAACUUCAGAUCAGUGGAAGUGUCCCGGACCAACCGAGAGCUGAGGCAGAAACUCACUGAGCUGGAAAAGAUCCUGAACAUCAGCAAGGAGAAAAUAAAGAAUCAAAAGGCCCAAAUUAAGCUCCACUAUUCGGCUAAGGCGAAUAAUGCUCAGAAUAUGGAGAGGAUGAAGCAAAUAGAAAAAGAAUUGAGGCAAAUGGAGCUAAUUAAGGAUCAAUAUCAGAAAAAAAACUAUGAACAGUCGCUGAGUAUCCAGCAAUUUGUAUCUGAAAUGACUAACCUACAGAAAGAGAUGCAGCUGUUGGCCAAGAGCCAGUAUGAUACCUCAGCACGGAAUAAACAGCAAGAGCUGCGCCUGGAGACGGAGCGGAAAAUAAGGCAGGAACUGGAGUAUCGGUGCCAGGAAUUGGAAGAAACUAUCAGACACCUGAAGAAAUGUAAAGAGGCGACAGAGCACAAACUGAAAGAGGCCAGUGUGGAGUCAGAGCAGAUAACAGCUAACCUGGAAGAAGCUCACCGUUGGUUCAAGCGCAGGUUCGAUGGCCUACAACUCGAGCUGACAAAAAACCGGCUGCAGAGACUUCCCCGCGAAGACAGGUGGCGGGACGAGGACCAAGAUCAAAGGCACGAUGUCAUGUCCAGCCAGUCUGCUCUACAUCGAUGGGAGAGUAAACAAAAUCUUAGAUUGAUGCCCAAGAAGUGUCAUUCUGAGCUAGAGAGAAAGUGAUGUCCUUGAGAGAGGAGCUGCUGCUUUGUACCACACCACCACGAUUCCCUAGGCCGGCAACUAGGGCUGGCCUCUUUCUACAGUCCUCAGAACGUGCAGUCUUUGAUGCGGGCUGAAGAUUUUGGACCUGAGUUCAUCCUUUUAUGAACUCUUUAAUAACAAUACAGAACCACCCCAUCUUUUUUGUCCCUUUCCCC